CAAGAAACACACACGUACAGAACGACAGUCACUUCACGACGGCUAUUCCCAUGUACUCGUAUUCUCCGCCCAUUCCGCCAUCUUAUUAAUUUCCUUUCUUUCUUCCAUUGAUUCAUCUGCAAAUUCUUUCUCUUCUGAUUUCCUCUCUCGAUCCUCGUGAGAACCAUUCGGGCAUUUACCGUGUUUUCAUCUGUUUGUAAUCGAUCUUUUCUGAGGCGAAAUGGCUUGCUCGGCGACACCCAGAAUGGUCCAUAAUCCUCUCUCGAUCAGAUCUGCCGAAAAUGCUGAUCCCUGCUGCAAAAAUUUGGGGCCCUCCUCUUUUUUGGGCUCUAAAUCGCUGAGCAAGGAGCUAUUUUCGGUUAAGAAGGCGGCACCGCCUGUCGGCCGCCGAUCCUCCACCGUCGUUGCAGUCUCAUCGGAUGUUGUCAAGGAAAAGAAGCUCAAAUCCAGCUCAUCUGUUUCCAAUCUGUUGAUCACGAAAGAAGAAGGCUUGGAACUGUACGAGGACAUGGUUCUCGGACGAGCCUUUGAAGACAUGUGUGCGCAAAUGUACUACCGAGGCAAGAUGUUUGGAUUCGUUCACUUAUACAACGGCCAAGAAGCAGUCUCUACUGGCUUCAUCAAACUCCUGAAGAAAGAGGAUUGUGUCGUGAGCACUUACCGUGACCACGUUCACGCCCUAAGCAAAGGCGUGCCAGCUCGCCAGGUCAUGAGCGAGCUUUUCGGUAAGCCCACUGGCUGCUGCAGGGGCCAAGGUGGAUCGAUGCACAUGUUCUCUAAACAGCAUAAUGUUCUUGGCGGCUUUGCUUUUAUUGGCGAAGGCAUACCAGUUGCAACUGGGGCUGCUUUCACUAGCAAAUAUAAGAGAGAAGCUCUGAAGGAGGAUUGUGAUGAGGUGACUUUGGCUUUUUUCGGGGAUGGCACUUGUAACAAUGGUCAGUUCUUCGAGUGUCUGAACAUGGCCGCGCUUUGGAAGCUUCCGAUUGUGUUUGUUGUGGAGAAUAAUUUAUGGGCUAUUGGGAUGUCCCAUUUGAGGGCAACUUCAGACCCUCAGAUUUGGAAAAAAGGUCCUGCAUUCGGGAUGCCGGGGGUUCAUGUCGAUGGUAUGGAUGUAUUGAAGGUUAGGGAGGUUGCGAAAGAUGCUAUUGGGCGGGCUAGAAGGGGUGAAGGCCCGACUUUGGUUGAGUGCGAGACGUAUAGAUUUAGGGGACACUCUUUGGCCGAUCCUGAUGAGUUACGUGACCCUGCUGAGAAGGCUCAUUACGCCACAAGAGAUCCAAUCACUGCAUUAAAGAAAUACAUAACGGAAAACAAAUUGGCAAGCGAAGCAGGUUUGAAGGCCAUCGAGAAGAAGAUUGAAGAAAUUGUUGAAGAUUCUGUCGAGUUUGCCGAUAAAAGUCCGGUUCCAGCCCGAAAUCAGCUGCUAGAGAAUGUAUUUGCCGACCCAAGGGGAUUCGGAAUCGGGCCUGAUGGGAAGUACAGAUGUGAGGACCCUAAAUUUACUGAGGGCACUGCUCAGGUUUCUUCCUUGCUAGAGCUUGCGUUGAUUUCUUCCUUACGAGGCUCAGAGAAUUUUAUUGUUGAGAAAAUCAUGUCGAUGUCAUCUAAGUUUUGGACUCAGCAGGAAGAAAAUGACACUGCUGACCAGCAGACUUCUGCUAAGCCCGUGAGUAAAUACAUAAUAUCCCAAGACAGCGACAGUGAUGACUCAGACGGGCAACGCCGAGUUGUCCGACGAGUCAAGGACAAGCGCUUCGAUGAGAUGGCGGCCACUGUUGACCAGAUGCGCAAUGCAAUGAAGAUCAACGAUUGGGUGAGCCUCCAGGAGAGCUUUGAGAAGAUCAACAAGCAGCUGGGCAAGGUGAUGCGGGCCACCGAAUCUGACCGGGCCCCUGGCCUCUACAUCAAGGCCCUUGAUGAUGGGCCGAGUGGGCCUGGGUGGGAGAAGAUGCUGAGCAAGAAGGAUAAGAUGAUGGACAAGCAGUUCAAGGACCCUAGUCAGAUCACGUGGGACAUUGUGAACAAGAAGUUCAAAGAGGUUGUGGCCGCCAGGGGUAAAAAGGGGACAGGGAGGAUGGAGCUGAUCGAGCAGCUCACUUUUCUGACCCGGGUUGCUAAGACGCCAGCUCAGAAGCUCGAGAUUCUCUUCAGUGUUGUCUCUGCACAGUUUGAUGUGAACCCAGGCCUGAGCGGGCACAUGCCAAUCAAUGUCUGGAAACAGUGUGUGCAGAACUUGCUUCUGAUACUGGAUAUCCUGACUCAGUAUCCGAAUAUCGUGGUUGAUGAUAUGGUGGAGCCUGAUGAGAACGAAACCCAAAAAGGUGCGGACUUUAAUGGUACGAUUAGGAUCUGGGGAAAUCUGGUGGCGUUUCUUGAGAGGAUAGAUGUGGAGUAUUUUAAGAGCCUUCAGGUUAUUGAUCCGCACACACGUGAGUAUGUCGAGAGGCUCAAGGACGAGCCCUUAUUUCUGAUUCUUGCUCAGAAUGUCCAGGAAUAUCUUGAGCGGGUUCGUGAUUUCAAGGGUGCUUCUAAGGUUGCCCUCAAACGAGUUGAGCUUGUGUAUUAUAAGCCACAGGAGGUGUAUGAUGCUAUGAGGAUACUAGCCGAGCUGGAUAGUAGGGAAGCAUCUGAGGAAAAUAAAGCUAACGAGGAAGGUAAAGGUCCUCCAGCUUUUGUUCCCACCCCUGAGCUUGUUCCUCGUAGGUCCACUUUUCCGGAAAAUAGCAGGACUUUGAUGGAUAUCCUUGUCUCCCUUAUUUAUAAGUAUGGAGAUGAACGGACUAAGGCUCGUGCAAUGCUUUGUGAUAUAUACCACCAUGCAAUUUUGGAUGAAUUCUCCACGUCUCGGGACUUGUUGCUCAUGAGUCACCUUCAGGACAACGUUCAACACAUGGAUAUUUCUACCCAAAUACUUUUCAACAGGGCCAUGGCACAACUUGGUUUGUGCGCUUUCAGAGUGGGACUUGUUACUGAAGCCCAUAGUUGUCUCUCUGAAUUGUAUUCAGCUGGAAGGGUGAAGGAACUGCUGGCCCAGGGUGUCUCUCAGAACAGGUACCAUGAGAAGACUCCGGCACAGGAACGUCUGGAGAAAAGACGCCAAAUGCCCUACCACAUGCACAUAAACCUGGAGCUCCUAGAAGCAGUGCACUUGAUAUGCGCAAUGCUCCUUGAGGUCCCGAACAUGGCUGCCAAUAUCCACGAUGCCCGGCGAAAAGUCAUCAGCAAGAACUUCCGCAGGCUGCUCGACGCUAGCGAACGCCAGACCUUCACGGGCCCGCCCGAGAAUGUCCGGGACCACAUCAUGGCCGCCACCCGGGCCCUCAGGCAGGGCGAUUUUGACAAAUCCUUCUCGGUCAUCAACUCCCUCGACAUCUGGCGACUGCUUAGGAACAAGGAUCACGUGCUCGGCAUGCUCAAGGCCAAGAUCAAGGAAGAAGCCCUCCGAACAUAUCUCUUCACCUACUCCUCGUCAUAUGACUCGAUCAGCCUCGAUCACCUGUCCAAGAUGUUUGACCUCACGGAAGCCGAGACACGUAGCAUAGCGAGUAAGAUGAUGAUCAACGAGGAGCUGCAUGCCAGCUGGGACCAGCCGACUGGAUGCAUCGUGUUCCACGAGGUGGAGCACACCAGAUUGCAGGCGCUGGCGUUCCAGCUCACCGAGAAGCUCACCAUCCUGGCCGAGACCAACGAGCGGGCCAUAGAGGCCCGUUUAGGUGGGGUCUCUCUCGAGGGUGGUGGACUUUCGGUCAGGCGCAAGGAUGGGCAGGACUCGGUAGGCGGGGCCAGUGGCAGGUGGCAGGAGUUUUCAUUUUCUGGUGGCCGCCAGGGGAGCAGCGGUGGUGGUAGGCAGGGUUAUAAUAAUGCUGGCGGCAAUCGGGGAACGGGCUCGGGCCUUGGCGGAGGAGGUUAUAAUAGGGAUCGUCAGGGAAGGACGGGUCGUUACCAGGGCUCGAGGAAUCAGGAUGGGCCAGGCCGGGCUUAUCAGACGGGCCUGGGUGCCAGGGGCGGCCAGAUGGACGGGUCGACCCGGAUGGUUAACCUGAACAGGGGCUCGUAUGUGAGCUAGGAAAAGAGGAUUUUUGUUUUUCAGUAGCAUUUGUGUUUUGUUUUUUUUUUGGGUUUUGUUACUGAUUUGCUUGAAAUCAGUUACUAUUUUGAGAUUAUUUGACUUUUUUGUGAAAGGAUUGAAACUUGGUGGCCUGCUGGCCUUGUUCUGUUAUAACUUCCAUUUUUUAUUUUAUUUUUGGAUCGACUUUA